CGGAGGCGUCUGGGUGUGCGGAGCGCGCGCGCGCGGCUUGGAGGCGCACCUGUGAGGUGUCCCUUGAGGAGAGGGAGGGUGGGUGCGCGGAGUCCGCGGCCUGGGGCGCUUCAACCCCUCACUUGGAAGCGCCUCGCGUCCCAGCAGAGCCAGCCGAGCAUCCUACUCAGGUGAUGAGGAACCCUCCCGGCACCCAGCGCAGAUCGCUGCUGCCGCUGGACGCCUCCAUUGUUUGACCAUAACAAGGGCCGGAUUCUCAACCCAGCAGGAUCCCGAGGCUUUUGUUGCCCUUCAGCCACUGUGGGCCCUGCCUCUGCCUCUUCUUCUGGAAUGUCUUGGGGGUUUUGACUUCUGUCACUGUGCUCCAGAAGCAACAUUUUCCCUUCUGAAGUUCCAAGUGGAGUGCGUUUUCCUUCGUGUGCCUUUUAUGCAGGACAGCUGCUUCUCAUACUCACAUACCUGCAAAUCCAAGAGACACGUCUCUCUGGAAGAUAAGAGCUCCUUCCUCAAGAUCAAAAAAGGAGACUGCCGGAGUGACACCUGCAUAGGGAAUCCUCACCAGGAAGGACUGACACACCUGGACCCAAGGCGCUGGCUUCCUGGGAGGCUCCUGUCUGAUGUGCAGGAGGCAAGAUGUCAUUGUGACUCUGCAAGGGGAGGCUCCUGGUGACCGAGACCAGCACGCAGUAUCGCACCCUUGGCUACAGGGGACACUGUGCAGACCUUUUCCUGCAACUGAGAAGUACGAGAUUAUUCUGCAAGAGGAAGAUUCCAGGGGCUUAAAAACGCAAAGGUUUCUACCUUGGGAGCCCCUUGGAAUGUUGGCAGCUCAGGAUCUCAAAGAAAGUUCUGUGUUAACGAGUUACAAAGUCCACGUGGAAGUAAAUGUCACUUUCUAAUCAAUAAUAAUACCGAGUGAGGAGCACUAUGCAGGGAGGAACCUUCCAUAGAAAGACAGGCAGGGGAGAGCUUAGGCCGGCCUCGAACCUCCCGAGCAGAGCCAGCCUGAGAUAAGCACCAAAAUGGCCAAGUGAGAGACUCUGUGAAAUAGCAGCCCUGUAAUUGUAGUAGUUGUGAGGAAAUCUUCUCCGCUAAAUCACGAUACCAAAUAGGAAACAUGAUCUACAAGUGCCCCAUGUGUAGGGAAUUCUUCUCUGAGAGAGCAGAUCUUUUUAUGCAUCAGAAAAUUCACACUGCUGAGAAGCCCCAUAAGUGUGACAAGUGCGACAAGGGUUUCUUUCAUCUGUCAGAGCUCCAUAUCCAUUGGAGAGACCACACGGGAGAGAAGGCGUAUAAAUGUGAUGAUUGCGGGAAGGACUUUAGCACCACGACAAAGCUCAAUAGACACAAGAAGAUCCACACGGUGGAGAAGCCCUAUAAGUGCUACGAGUGCGGCAAAGCCUUCAACUGGAGCUCACACCUUCAGAUUCACAUGAGAGUUCACACAGGUGAGAAACCCUAUGUCUGUAGUGAGUGCGGAAGGGGCUUUAGCAAUAGUUCAAACCUCUGCAUGCAUCAGAGAGUCCACACCGGAGAGAAGCCCUUUAAAUGUGAAGAGUGCGGGAAGGCCUUCAGGCACACUUCUAGCCUCUGCAUGCAUCAGAGAGUCCACACAGGAGAGAAGCCCUAUAAAUGCUAUGAGUGUGGGAAGGCCUUCAGCCAGAGCUCGAGCCUCUGCAUCCAUCAGAGAGUGCACACCGGGGAGAAGCCCUAUAGAUGCUGUGGGUGUGGGAAGGCCUUCAGCCAGAGCUCGAGCCUCUGCAUCCAUCAGAGAGUGCACACGGGGGAGAAACCUUUCAAAUGUGAUGAGUGUGGGAAGGCCUUCAGUCAGAGCACCAGCCUCUGCAUCCACCAGAGAGUGCACACAAAGGAGAGAAACCAUCUCAAAAUAUCAGUUAUAUAAAGCGUUUUGCUAAGAGAUAAAAAUCCUAAAACCCAUAAGUGCCACUAGGAAGGAAAACCCUGUAAAUACCUACAUUGACCCAAGAAAUUUUUACAGCAAGCCCCAGCAGAACAUUGUUUUCCAAGAGGCACGUGUGAGGUUGAUUUUUUGGAUUCAUGCCAAGUGUGUUCCACAGCUUGACUUUGAAUCUGGAAUCCCUCCCCUCCGCGUGUUUGCCCAGGACAGGCUGUGAGGUCCCAGUCGUGGGUGUGUGUUUCCUGGGAUUCUGGCGCGAUGCCUCCAUAGUUGAAACACUACACAGGAAACCAUGAUCCUUGCCCAGCCUCCUGAGUCACCUUCUGUCUACACUUUACCUAAAAGUCACCCCAGAUACUCCCCCAUUUCGGGAGCUCAUGACCGACCUCCUCUUGAUCCAAGCAUACUGGUGAAUGCAUUUGAAAACGGCCAGCUCCCGCGAAGUAGUGUUCUGGUAUUGCUGAGGUCACCACUCGAUUCAGCCUCUACGUAUCUGUCCAUAUAUCCCGUUACUUCUGAACUCACUGUACCUGUAUAUCCUCAAAAUACCCAUAAAUAUCCACCCCUUCCUAGAUGGCAUUAAAUUUCAUUUUAGAUUUUAGGUGACUCAUAAUUUCCAUUUACUUUGUCUGUUGGCGAAAUCAUUGGCAGACAUACAUGCCCUUGAACUUUAAUUUUGUGAAUUCUGCUAAUCACUGUGUCUCUAUGUUAGUCAGACUUAAUUUUCUAGUGGCUACAUCACAUAUUUUUAACUUGAAUUUUUUUGGAAAUAGCUGAAUGUAAAUAGGGAGGAAGAAGCAAGCAAAGUUAGAACUCUUCUCCAUCCAGAAUUGCCCUCUCAGGCUCCUUUGGUAACAAGGGGAGCCCCUUACUGGCUUGGGGAGACCAUAGGAGAAGCGGAUGGUAGGAGGCCUCACUAAUAAUAGUCUCUGAUUCUGUGAUUUUGGGGCAAUAAUGUGUAGGAGUCCUCGAUACCUUUUCAUUGAGGAUUACAUAUCAGUUCCUUUGUAGGCAUGAACUUUCUUCAUUCAUUCAACAAGUAUUUAUUGAACACCUCCUACGUGCCAGGCACUGUGCCAGGUACCGGGAAUACCACUGAGUAAGACAGACAAGGGCCCCACUCUCGUGGCGUUGACUUCUGGUGGAGGAGACAGAUGAUAAGCAAGUAAACAAAUAAAUAAUGUAGUUUGAGGUAGUGAUUAAGUGAUACAGAGAAAAUAACCUAGGGUGAAGAUUUAGAGCAGUGGGGGUGGGGCGGGGGGCAGCGGUAGGUAGCGGGCAGGGAGGCCUUUCCGGGGGCAGCACAGGGGCGGCUGCAGGGGGCUCGCGGUCCUGCCGGGGAGCUUCCGGAGCAGGAGGUGGCGGCCGGCGGUGAGGGCAGCGUGCAGCGGGGAGGGGGAGAGAUACUGAGCUGCUCAGUAUCCUGACAUUUAUAGGCCUUUUUUUUUUCUUUUUUUUUUUUUUUUUCUGGCUAGAUUGGUAUUAAAAACUCAUGUGGAGGAACUCAAGGAAUGUUUAGAAGACCAAAAGUCCCCAAUGACAACAAAAAGCAACUAAUUUUUAACUUUGUUUCCCUUCUCAUUCCUAUUCUCGUUGAUUUCCCACAUGUAGUCCUUUUGCUCAGGAAGUCUUUGGGGAAAUUAAGGCUCUUUGAAAGCUCUGAAAUGGGUGUUCAGGUUAGCGGUCUCUGUCCACUGUCUGAGAGGUUGGAAAAUGAACUACCCGAAAUAGUCAUCGAAAUACUGAAACGAAGCUUGAUUUUCUCUUCAUAUUUGAAUUAAUUUCUUCUGUUUGACUGGAAGGGUUUCUUGUAUAACUAAAACCUCAAUGCAUAAAGGAGAUUUAAAAGGAGCACAUAACUUACUGGGUGAGCCAUGAAACUGGAGGUGGGAUUUGGGGGUAAAUUUGUUACCAUCUGAAUUUUGAUCCAGACAUCUCUGUUAACAGGCCCUUGGGAAGUUGCUUCUCAUGUUUCCUCAUUUUCGCAAAGAGAGGGCUGGCUUAGUUAUUUGAUAAAGCCCCUUCCAGGCCUGAAUUCCUCGACUACGAUUUACUGUAGUGUCUUAACACACUUCCAUGUCACAGUAGUGUGGAGCGUUAGAGAAAAGCCUAGACUUUUAGUUGAUAGAGAGCCAGUUGAAAUAUCACUGAUAGAAUUAUAGGUUUAGGAAAAAUUGGUUUGAUUUGUAGCUGUAUUACUGUUAGGUAUGUGAGCUUGGGCAAAUUGCUUAAUCUUUGAGUCUAGUUUUCUCACUUACAAAAUGAGGACAUUAGGCUAAAUGAUUUCUGAGUUUCCAGCUAGUCCUAGAGUUCUAUAUUUCUACAUAGUUGAAUUAUUUUAUCAUGCUGUUGCUGGGGAAUAUGACUAACACUUUUGAAGCUACUAAUUUUAUGUCGAGCUUUAAAGUCCAUAAUUGUUAUCUUCGGAAAAUAUUAUUUGACCUACAGUAUGUCCAAAUCAAUUUAAUAAAAUCACUUUAUAACAGGG